AUGCUUUCGAUAAGAAAUUAUAUUCUGAGAAGAUUACCGGUGAAAAGUAUUUCAAAAAGCUAUAAUUAUAACUCAGGACUUUGGUAUAGUACAGCCAAAGAUUUAAGCCCAAAAAGUGAUAUUCAACUAAAGUACCAAGAUAAAUUGCUACAAGAAGCCAAGAAAAGGGGAUUAGCAAGUGUUGAUGAACUAAAAGUUGCAUUAAAAAAAGAGAUAGAAGGAAAAAAAAAAGAGUUCAAUAAGGUAGACCCACUUCAAAAAUUUGAAGAAUAUAUGCGGAAUACUCAAAGUCAGAAUACUAUUAAGAAAGAAGCAAUGCCAUUUGAUCCUUCAAUUAAACAAGAGCCCUUUAAAACAUUGGAUAGCUAUGUAAAACUUGAUAAAAUAAAAGAAUUAUCUCGUCAAGAAUGUGAAUAUUUGUGGAGAACUCGUUGGUCAAAAAUUGAAGAUUCCUUACACGCAGUUAUUCCAAGUGAUGUAUUUGAAAGAAUGAUAACUAUCGCCAAACAGAAUCCUAUGUUUGUGCUACCAUUACCGAGAGAAGCAAAUAUUUCAGAAGCUGAAAGAAAUCAAAAUGAAACUCCUAUGGAAUUACAAUAUGUCCAGUGGAUUUUUGUUGGGGCCAAUACUAUUCAUUGCAUUAUUACAUCGUUGGCAGAAUAUAAAGCGCAUGGCACAUUCUCUCGUCCACAUACCACUUUAGAAUUUCAUACGGAACUGUCAAAAGAUAAAGGUUUUGUAUUAAUGAACGGUCAUGUAGAAACACGUUCUGGCUAUUCAUUAACUGAUGCACACUUGUUAUUAUUAAAUAUUCAAAGAUUCUGGGGAGCUACAGGAUCUGAUACACCUAUUGGUAAACAACGUGUUAAUCUAUUAAAACAAUUUACCACUGGUAGCACGGAAUUUUCUGUAGAUAAAUUGAUUGCGUUAGCUCAAUCGACAGAAAUUUGA